AUGGCCACCAACACAGCGGAGGACGUGUUUUUGCAACCCCCGAGCGACGAACAGUUCUCGCCUGUGUAUCGCGAGACCUCCCACUACAACCCACUUCAUACCUUCAAACUCCCCUCCGGCGAUGCAAGACAUUACCAGCAACAAUAUGGCGACAUGUACUUCUUGCGACUCGCACGACUGAAACCUGUGGUGGAAGAGGUUGGAACGGACGCAUGGGAAGGAUUCAGUAUUGCCGGAGAACGCGCUCGUCGUGUAGAGCGAGUGCUCGAUGUCCGACAAGGCGAGCUUUGCUGGGUGGCUGGGACGGUCUACAUGGACAUGCCCCUGAAGCCGAAUAUUCUGGAUGAUCUUUCCAGAGAGAGUCACACCCUAGCCCCUCCGCCACGCCGCACUUACCAAGACCCCGCUCAUCCGGAAUUGACACAAAUCAUGUUGGAAGACGAGUCGGGCCGCCUGCGAUUAACAGGGAAUCUUCUGCGGUCAACUCAACUCGCGACAGGAGCCAUUAUAGCGGUACUGGGAACGGAGAAUGCGAAUGGUGAUUUUGAAACGAUCGAUAUCAGAGUGCCUGACCUGCCUCCUCAGCCGCGUCGGUGGGAGAGAGACGAAGACAAGACGGAUACAACAGAGUCGCGCAAGGGCAAGAUUGCUUUUGUGAGUGGUCUUGGGAUUACGGGCACAUCGAGUGAUACUCUUGCGCUGGAACUUCUGACAGACUAUCUUCUGGGGUAUACAGGGUCGGAUGCAUCCUCAAUCACACGGCUUAUCAUUGCCGGAAACUCACUAGGGGCUAAUGUGACGGCUGAGGCAGCAGCGACUGGCGCAGAGACGGGAGCGGCAGCGAAGAAGAAGCUUGCCCCGAGAAAGUAUGGAUACGAUGCCUCUGCAUACAACGCAUCGCCCAUUACACAACUAGACAACUUCCUUGCGGAGAUCCUGCCGAGCAUACCUGUGACUCUCAUGCCGGGGGAGAGUGACCCGGCGAACUUUGCACUCCCUCAGCAGGGGAUCCACCGAGCGAUGUUCCCACGAGCCAGAGCAUACUGUGCUCCGCCUCCGUCGGGGGACGAAGCUCCCGAGCCGGGCUGGUUUGACAGCGUCACAAACCCGUGGGAAGGAGAUGUCGAGGGAUGGCGGCUGUGGGGAAGCAGUGGACAGAACGUGGACGAUGUCCUCCGGUAUCUGGAUUUUGCGGACCGUGAUGCGCUGGACGCCGGUGAUGGGGACAUCGAGGCCAGGAUGAGAAUCAUGGAGGCCAUGCUACGGUGGAGGUGUGGAGUUCCCACCGCACCUGAUACAAUAUGGUCCUAUCCUUUCCAAACAAACGACCCCUUUGUAAUGCAGUCCUGUCCGCACAUCUUCUUCACUGGCAAUCAGCCACGGUUCAAGACGGCCGUGCUGGAAGGCGACUCUCCCCUUAGGCUUAACGGAGCCGACACGGAGAUGACCGACGCGGCCGAUAAUACUGGUGCGCGUGUGCGUCUGUUGUCGAUUCCCAAGUUCAAGGAGACGGGGGAGUUGGUUCUCGUGGAUAGCGAGACAUUGGAGGUGGAGGUGGUCAAAUUCGGUUCUUUUGCAGGAAAGCAAGAAAAGCAAUAA